AUGAUCUGUGUAUCGGGAGAAGACAGCCUGUACAUGACGACUUCAUCCUCUUCUUUAUAUGCUUUCUUUGCACCUCCGAUCACUUGCUAUUCUGUUUUUGUUGUUCUUCCUCCUCCAUGAUGUUGUGAAAUCAGCUACCGUAUUCUCCUCAUCGUUAAAAACAUGCCAAAGUCAAUGUGAGGAGAGGAAUUUGGCAUAUCCACUUGAUUCGGGUGAAGUUCACUGGACGGGUCUUGCUGAAUACAAUUACUCAAGUAGAAUUUCAUCGUGUAGACAUGGAUGUGAAGAUGUAGAUGAAAGAGAAUCUAAAUGUGAUGUGAAAUGUUCAGAAGAAGGAAUUGUGUCGAAUGCCUGUAAACAGGGAUGUAGAGCAGUUCUUGUUUCGUUUCUAGCUCAGGCUCAAGCGCUUCUUAUCCAAGUUCAUGUAAACAUGGAGGUACUCGAAACAUCAAUGAAACUGAAAUGGGAGUUCCCUGAAACUUUAGCAGAAGAGUUGAAAGAAAUCGCAAAUGCCGAUAUUUUCUGGUUUUCCCAAACAAAACCACUUAAUGGAAUUCUCGGAUGGAGAUGGACAUCGCUUCCUCAGAAUUCAUUCAGAAACUCAUCUCUGUCAUCUGAAGUUCAUGUUCCUUUUGAGCACGGGGAACACGUUGAAGUACGAUUAGCACUGUCAUAUCGGAAUCAGGUUCUUGUUUCUAGAACAACAACAUAUCAUCUUCCAUUAUCAAAAUCUGGAACAACAUUAGAAGUUAUAGGACAAUUGCAACUUUCUGAUGAUCGAGUAGCUGUUUGCUACAGGACUAAUCAACCAACGCCGAAAUUCAAGUUGACAAUUAUGACGCUGAAUGAUAACACAAUCAACACAGAGGAAUCAAUUGCCAGGUGUCAUUUAUUCUCAAAUCUUCCAAGAGAUAAUUGUUGUAAAGCUUCAAUUUCUGCAAUUGAUGAGCAUGGUGCAACGACGGCGUUUGUGGAAAUUAAACUGGAUUUUUAUGUUAAUCAGGUUGAAAUCGAACUUGUUUCUGUUGCAUCUUCCCGUCUUAUAUUUUCAAACGGAACUCAUCUCCUAGAAAGUGAAAUUGAUCAGUAUGCUCUUGGAGAUUCGGCUACUGUAAUUCCCUUCCCAUUACCAACGGAUGACACAAUUACUGCUAUUGCUGGAAUCUCCGAUACCACCAUUGCCAUUGGAAGCUCAAAGGGAUCGCUGUGGACAUAUCAAAUGUCUGCCAAUCAAACUGACGAGGAUCAACCAUCCUCUGUUAUUCAAUUAAAAACAGUUGGAGAGAUGGAUACAAAAAUCAAUCAAAUUGAAAUCGACCAUAUCCAGAGAACUCUUUAUGCAGUUCAACACGAUAAAGGAAUUAUUCGAUGCAAAUUAAGAACGAUGGAGGCAGAGGAGAGUCCGAAUUGUGUGCUAAUUGUUAAUAAUGAUGCUCUAAAUGCACCGAAGGAGAUAACUUUGGAUUCAGUCAAUGGGCAUGUUUACACACUAAAUGCCGACAAUAAAGUUUAUCGGACUGAGAUGGUUGCAUUCAAUGCAACAGGAAUAGAAACAGUUGCCAGUUUACAAUAUCUUCAAGAUAUGUCUCCUUCCAAUGGAAUUUUCUUUGAUGUUUCCAAGUUUCUUCUAUAUUCAGCUCUACAAAAUGGGUCCAUGAUGACACUGAAUCCGGUCACGGAUCAUGUUCACAUUUUCAAGGACGUGGGCUACGCGGAUAUUCAACAUUUUAGAAUAAAAAAUGAUCUAAUUUAUUGGAUGAAAAAGAAGUGUGGGGAAACCGACGCAGACGAGAACUGCAUUUUUGCUGAAAACCUCCAACGAUCGGAAGAGGACAUACCUAACAAAUUUACCUACUCCAGCUCCCUUAUGUCGUUUGGAGUUCUGGAAGAGAUUUUGCUGAAGCCAAGAAUAACCGCAGUCUCCACUAUAGCAAUGCUCACAUCAGAUAAGACAGCAAGAGUGUCAUGGGAUGAAUCUAACACAUUACCGUUUCAAGCACAAGGCAGCUCUUGGAGAAACUUCACAUAUUUUCUAAAAGUCACAGCUCCAGAUAUCACUGAUUUUUCACCAAUUGAAAUAUAUACCUCCAAUACUGAAAUGAAAAUUGACGUUACACCUGGAAACAUAUACAAUGCACAAGUACAAGUAUGUAGUGAUGACUUUUGUUCAAUACCAACUUCUACUUCAAAUACAGCUCUCCCAGAUUUAGGAGACGUUGUUCCCUUUGUUUUCACAAAAAGACAGGCAGAUGAUAUUAUAAGUGUUGAUAUUUUGGGAAAUAUUAUACCUGCCGAUGAUUCUGUAAAAAUUGUGGAAAAACUUCAAUAUCCUCAUGUUCUGGAUAACACCACAAAAACUGUGUAUCUAGCUGGAGAUCAUUCGAUGGGAAUAUUCAAAAAAUAUUUGGAUGACACUGCUGGUUUACCAAAACCUUUCAAAGAUGGACUUUUUGUCGAAAUGAUGUCUAUAAUGCCAGCGAGAUCUAUCAUUCUGAUAGCUUCAUCUUAUAAAAUUACAUCUUACCGGCUGCCAACCACUUUUGAUUUCGAAUACUUCUCAUGCGAGGAACCAUUGGAAGCUUGUUCCGAAGUUAUGGGAAUAUCAAGUGAUGAUACAACCGGAAUGGUUCAUUUUCUAACACAGGCAAGAAAUGGAACAAUAACUCUCUGGGAAUCAGAUCCAGAAAAUAGAACUCCACGGGAUAUUGCUAGUGUUCCAUCAAUUGUUCCAUUUCGUCGAUUUCUGAUUCUUCAUGACAAAAUGAUACUUGUUACGAAAAACAAUCACAUUGUUCAAACUGACAAAAAACUGAAAGUGGUGAAUGUUGCGACUGAAUUGGAAAGAGUUGAUCAUAUUCUACCAUUACGAUAUGCAACAAUAUCUCACAAAAUUGAGUUCAGUGAUGAAAUCAAAUUUAUUGAUGGAAGUAAAACGAAUCUUCAGUGGACAUUAUCCCCACCAUUAGAAGCUGGAACUGUACUCUUCAAAGUUUCAAUUUUUCGAGAAAAAAUGGGAGGCCAAGACCCACCGAUAAUCACGAUUCAGAGUGAAACUAACUUCACAAUCCCGUCCGAAGUUCUGGAAGCUUGGAGUUCGGCGCAGAGAUUUGACGUCUCUGUGCAAGCAAUGACACCGUGGGCCACAGCAGUACUCAACAGAACCGGACUAACAGCGCCAGUAAAACCACCAACUUCUCCAACUCAAUUGAGAAUAUUUGCAACUCAACAAAAAACUGUCGACGGUCCUAGAGCUCUCAUUUCAUUUUUCUGGGGUCCUCCGAGUGAAUGGAAUGGAACACCUUAUCAGUACAUUGUCAACUGCACAAAAGAUGAUGGAAGUUGGAUUGGUGGACCUGUUACUACUUCUCAAUCACAUUAUUCAUUUGCUGUAAAAUCUGGAAAAGUGUCUUGUCAGGCAGCAGCUGCAAAUGAGCCAACGAAUAUUGGAAGUUUUUCAGAGUUGAUCACAAUUGACAGUUCUGAACUUAAACCUCUUGUUAAACUUUUUGCAAUUGAUUCCACAAAUUCUCUGAUAUCAAUUAAUGAUCUCGCUCAUGAAGAACCGAGAAGAGAGACACGGCAAGUUGCACAACCAGUCAAGUUAGAGUACCAAGCAAUGGCAUUCAUUGGGGAAGACUUGUACGCUGUCAGGAAAGAAGGAGAGUCUGCACAGCCAGUGUUGGUUCAGAUUGAUACAAAUCAUAUUGAUAAUACAGUACAUAAGGUGUCAAUUGGUGGAGAUGUAACACGAAUUGAUGCAAUGACUUCUGAUUGGGUCGGAAAUCGUUUAAUAUUUGUUGCAGGCACAAAUGUAUAUCAGUUAUCUCUUGAGCCAUUUCUUUCAACUUCACUUCUAAACCCGCAUAAGUUGAUUCAACUAACAUCCGCGACUGAUGCAAAACAGCUUGCUUAUGAUCCUUUUAUGAACACUGCCUACUUGCUUACCAAAAAUGGAUCACUAUUUGCACUUGAUAUGAACAAGAAUACUGAAGCUAAUCUGGCACUAACUGUAUCAUGUUUGGCAAGUCAAACUGUUACUUGGAUGAUGACUGAAUUUGCCUGGAAUCGAGCUUCUUCACCAAAAAUUUAUGCGCUUACGUGGAAUGGAUUGAUAUAUGUGGAUCUUACUGAAGACUCACAGUGCAACGAAGUAAGAAUUGAUUGGACCAAAUUUGGAGAUAAAGGUCUCAAAGAUAUAUCAUCAUUUGCAAUUGCUGAUAAACUAUUUGCAUUUGUCACUUCUUCGGAAAUGCUUAUUUAUGGGAAAGACACUGUGACACCGAUAACUAUUGCAAAUCCACCACUGAAACAAAUACUCGCGGUCAGUCAAAGUAGUCAACCAUAUCCGGAAAGAUCUUGCUUCGAACUUCCGUCUUCAAAAGGGAUUGUAUUUUCAAUUGUGAACGAAGGGAAAACUGGAUCAUUCUUGGAAGUUACAAAGAGCUCAUCAUCAUCUUCCUGUCAAGAAGUUAGUAUGCCACAGACCCAAUACGAAAUAUAUUUUACACGGAAAAAUACUGAUAAGGUGAAGCACGUAAGAAGCUUCUCUGACAGAAUCCACGUGGAAAAUGGAAUUCUUGACAAGGAAACCGACUAUGAUGUAACUGUAACUUGGCUCAAUAGAUAUUCACCAGCAAGUGGAGUUUCUGCUUCAAAAUCUUUCCGAACAGGGUUUGGGUACCCAUCCGCUCCAAGAGAUCCUCAUGCGAUUCCAGUUACUCCAGAUACGGUUUAUCUGUAUUGGAAUUUACCAGAGACGCUGAAUGCUCCAAUAUCAGAGAUAAAAUAUAAGAUUUCACAGCAAGCAGCAGGAAUUUCUGUACCGACUUCAAUUGCAGUCAUUGCUCUUUCUGAAACUGUUUCUUCAAACAUUUCAUCAGAUACAACAUCUUGCUUAAUCAAUCCAUGUCGUGUUAAAAUUGCAAAUCUUCGACCUUCAAAUGAGUACAAGUUUUGGGUAACAGCUACUCAUAUCUCUCACCUGGAUGCUGCUACAAUCCUGAAAGAUGACGAUGCAGUGUCAUCAGAAGCUGUUGCUAGAACUCUUGAUGUACCAGGAACAUUGAGACCUGAUAAUGUUACUGGAUCUUCGUUACUUCUACGAUGGAAUGGAUUGGAACCAGAGCAUCGACCAAGCUCAAUUGCAGUCCAGUACAGGGAGUCUGGUGGCGCUAAUAAUGAAUGGCAAUUUCCAAUGAAUGUAUCAUUUGAACCAGAUGUAACAACUGAACUUGUACCAAUUACCAACCUUUUGUCAGCUACUUCAUAUGACUAUCGAUUUGUGGCAACCUACACAGGAACCUAUACAAUUGAUGGAAAAGUACUAGCAUUCAAAGAAGACUACCUCCAAUUGCCGCAACAAGCUCGAACAAAAGCUGGAGUACCUACAGCUCCUCAAUUUGUGGAAGCAAAGCAAGAUGAAGAGGGAUGGAUUGUAACUUGGAAAGAACCAAUGAGUGAUGGAGGAUCUCCAAUUACAAGUUAUGCCGUUGAGACUAGAAUUAAUAAAACCGCAGAAUGGGAGAUUGCUGAAAGAGGAUUAGAUGGAUGGAAAACAUGGUGGAGACCCGGAAAAUCAGAUACAACAUCUUCAACUUCAACAUCAUCGACCGAAGUUUCAGAGUUUCGAAUUAGAGCAGCAAAUAUUGAAGGAUUUGGAGCCUAUGCUUAUACAGAAGAUAAAAAAGAGGAGAAAGAAGAAGAACCAAGUUCAGUAUUACCGUAUCUACUGCUUCUUUCAAUCAUAUUCCUUUUGGCAGCAAUGAUUUUAGUGGCUUGUUUUUGGUUGAAAUCUCGCCGUCGUCAACAGCAGAAGAAACGUGAAGCGGAAGACGAAAGAAAUUGUAUUCGACUUGACGUAGUUGCCAAUAUGAAUUUUUCCUCUUCACAUCAAUCUCUUCCUCCAGAAUAUGAGAGUGAAAUGAGAAAUCUUCCGGUAGUCAAUUACAGUACUGUUACUUUCAAUGAUUACAUUGAUACGUGUGCAUAUGGAAUUGUUCAUAGUGGUACUGCUGAAGAAGUACCAAUGAGUUGGGAAAAAGACGUUAGAGUUGCUAUUAAAAAGUUGAAGCCGAAUCAUUCAUUCCAAGAGAAAAUGAUGUUUAUGAAAGAAGCAAUUCUUUUAAAUAAUCUCGAUCACCCGAAUAUCGUCAAAGAACUUGGUGUCUGCAUUACACCUGGACAGGAAUUGAUUUUAUUGGAAUACAUGGAAGGUGGAAACUUGUUGAAGUUUCUUCAAAAAUCAACCCCAAAUGAGUACCAAAGUUCUGAAUUAUCUCCACGCGAUCUUCUCUCAAUUUCUGUGGAUAUUGCCCGUGGCAUGAACUAUCUUGAGAGACUUCCUCAUGUUCAUAAGAAUCUUUCCGCGCGGAAGUGCCUUCUUGCCGGCCGGCCAGGUGUGACUAAACUUGAGAUGGGAAUGUCGAAAGAGUUGAGCAAUGGACAAGUGAAUCGUUCGGAUUUGGAAAAUAUGGAAAUUGUCCGUUGGAUGGCGCCGGAAGUUUUGAAAGAUUUCCAGUUUUCAUCAAAGAGUGAUGUUUGGGCUUAUGGUGUACUUCUCUACGAAGUUUUUUCAUUCGGAGAAGUUCCAUAUGGAGAUAAAGACAAUAGAAGAAUUAUGACUGAUGUCAGAAAUGGAAGUGUUCUACCAAUACCUUCCUAUUGUCCAUCGAAAAGGAUAUACAAAGUUAUAAAACAAUGUUUGACUUCUGAUUCUACUAAAAGGGCAAACUUUGCAACAAUUUUGAAGAUUUUCGAAACAUUUAGAGACGAUCAAAAGUGUCAGGAUGAUAAACCAAUUCAAUUCAAUGAUGGAACAGACAACACGAAUUUUAGUGCAUCACAAGAUAGUACUUCAAGUCGUGAACCUCCAUCUCCAUCCCAUCGAAUGAGAGAUUUCAUUGAUACAAGAGAUUUAGAACCACCGUCCCCAUCACAUUUGAAUCAAAGUUUUGGAGGAUUUGAACAUCCAUAUGAAGGCGAACGCCCUGCAACAAUGUGGAAUGGAAGUGGCGCACGAAACUCUGCCAAAAAUAGUAUUGGAAGAUCAAUGAAAAAAGAGAAAUUAAGAAAUCCCAUUCAUUCGAUGGAUGAUCUAGUUGCUAGAAAUCAGAGACCAUUGAGCAUUCAUUCAGAAGAUACCGAAUCUACGGAUUACGGAGCUUCAUCAUCAAUGUAUUCUCCAGGAUCUUCCAAUCGAAUUUCAAGCCAAGUUGACCCUCCAAUUGGUAGAUUGAGCUCUGCUCCAGGAAUUGGCAUAGUCAAUGAUGCAUUUGAGAGCAGUAAUCCAUCGCUGAAUUUGAGUAGAAGUUGGGCCGGGCUUUCAAGAGAAGUGAAUCAGAAUCCUGCUGGUGCUGGUAGUAGUGGAACACUUCCACAGCAUACGAACUCUGCUGGACAUUUGAGACUCCCUGGGGUCCAAGUUGGAGCAGGUGGCGGCCGUGUCUACAGAAAUGCCUCUGGCGGUGGUGGACCUUCAAAUCGAGGCCGCAUCAGUCAAGUCUAGAAUCCAUAAUUAAAUAUUUAUAGCAUGACAUCAAAGAAUCUUUGUUUUCUAUCUCAACUCCGGUCUUCUCUUCAUUUUCAUUCACGACCACUAAUUUUCUUUCCCAUUUGGACGGUUGCUAGGCGCCAAUUUUCGUUUUCAGAUUUCAAAACAUAACCAAAGGAUGUUAUUUUUAUUUUAUUUUUCCGAUUUGUCCCUCAUUCUUUAUCAAGAGAUAUUUUAAGUUAUGAAGUUGUGUUUUCA